AUGGAUUUGAUUCACACCAUUCUCAAUCUUCUUCUCCCUCCUCUUACCAUUAGCUUUCUCGUUCUAUUUUACCCAUUAUAUCUUUUUAUCAAACUCGUGAGCUGUCUUUACAAGCACCUUUGGUUUGAAAAUGUUGCCGGAAAAGUAGUUUUAAUUACCGGAGCUUCUUCCGGCAUUGGAGAGCAUGUGGCAUACGAGUACGCAAAGAAAGGAGCAUGUUUAGCUCUUGUUGCUCGAAGAAAGGAUCGUCUAGAGAUAGUAGCAGAAACAUCACGUCAAUUAGGAUCGGGUGAUGUCAUUAUCAUACCUGGUGAUGUUUCUAACGUUGAGGACUGCAAGAAGUUUAUCGAUGAGACAAUUCUUCAUUUCGGAAAAUUGGACCACCUUAUCAACAAUGCUGGGGUACCUCAAACUAUUCUUUUCGAAAAUUUCACCCAAAUUCAAGACGCUAAUCAUAUAAUGGAUAUCAACUUUUGGGGCUCCACAUACAUAACUUAUUUUGCCAUUCCUCAUCUUCGAAAAAGCAAAGGAAAAAUCGUUGUGACUACUUCUGCUUCAGCAGUUAUACCUUUGCCAUCGGCAAGCGUCUAUUCAGCAAGUAAAGCAGCUUUAUUAAAAUUCUUUGAAACGUUAAGAGUUGAGAUCAGUCCAGAUAUCAAAAUAACAAUUGUUAUCCCUGGAUUCAUAUCUACUAAUAUGACCACUCCUCUAUUUAUAGAUAUGUAUGGUUCAGAUUUAAUCCUCUCAGAAUCAGUGAGUAAAUGCGCAAAAUCGAUCUUCAAAGGUAUUGCUAGAGGAGAGACAUACAUAGCAGAGCCAUCUUGGAUAAAAUGGAUCUUUAUGAUACAAAAAGUUUGUCCUGAAAUUGUUGACUACGUACUCAACUACAUAUUUGUUCGCUAUGGCAAACCUUACCUCAAGCGUGAUUGAUCAUAACGGUCUAUCCAAGAUCUCAGGUCUUCAACUAUGGCUGUGUUACGUUGUCAAUUUGUUCAUUAUGGACAUGAAGCAUACAC